UUUGUGCGGGAAGGUGUCCCGGUUAGGUUCCAUCAAAUCACUGAACCGGCCUAGUUACCGUGACGCAACUUGGCUCCAGACCUGAAAAUUAAAACAAAAGACACAUGGCAUCGGCAUAGAUCUUUCGAUCUCCCUCUGCACUCCCUCCGGCCAUGGCGAUGGCCUUCUCUCCAAGGAGCAUCACCCCCAUCAUCAUCCCCUCUUCAGACCCCAACCCCUCUGCCCCAGACCCUUCCCCUUCAAUCGACUUCGGGAACCCUGAUUCCCUCUCGGAGAUCCGCUCCCUCACCGACGUCGGCACCAUGACUCACCUCCUCCACGAGUGCGUCGCCUACCAGCGGUCCCUCGACCUCCGUCUCGAGUCCCUCCUCUCUACCCGCACUGAUCUCGACCGCCACCUCUCCUCCCUCUCGCGCUCUUCCCACCUCCUCGACCUUGCCCGCUCCGAAGCCUCCCACCUCCUCCUUUCCCUCCAGUCCGCCUCCUCCCUCGCCGACUCCGUCAGCCGCAAGGUUCGCUCCCUCGAUCUCGCGCAGUCUCGCGCUCUCUCCGCCCUCUCCCGCGCUGACGCUAUCCUCCGCCGCUCCCACCUCCUCGAUCUCUGCCGCCGCUCUCUCUCCUCCGACGAUCUCGAGUCAGCCGCCGACUCCAUCCGCUCCUUCCUCGAGAUCGACGCUCAAUUCCCCGACCCCUCCUCCGAUCACCGCGACCAGCUUCUCCACCUCAAACGUGAUCUUGAAUCCACCAUCCGGAAACGCCUAUCGGCCGCCAUUGAUCAACGUGACCAUCCGUCCAUCCUCCGCUACGUCCGCAUCUUCCCUCCUCUCGGUCUUCAAGAAGAAGGGUUGCAGACUUACGUUUCAUAUCUGAAAAAGGUCAUAGCCCUCCGAUCCCGAUUGGAGUUCGAGCACCUUGCUGAGCUCGCCGAGCAGGCUCCACCGCAGAGCAACCAACUGAACUUUGUUGGAUGCAUUACCAAUCUCUUCAAAGACAUUGUACUUGCUGUUGAGGAGAAUGAUGAGAUCCUCCGCAGCCUUUGCGGAGAGGACGGUAUUGUAUAUGCUAUACUUGAGCUCCAGGAUGAAUGUGAUUCGCGGGGAACUCAGAUCUUGAAGAAGUACAUGGAUCACCGGAAGCUCGCCCGGUUGGCAUCGGAGAUUAACUCGUAUAGCAAGAACUUGCUCUCGGUGGGAGUUUUGGAAGGACCGGACCCGAGGGAGGUCGAAAUGUAUCUGGAGGAGAUCUUAUCACUAACGCAGCUUGGCGAGGACUACACCGAGUUCAUGAUUUCAAAGAUUCGGGGGCUUGCUUCUGUAGAUCCCAAGCUUGGUCCACGGGCAACCAAGGCAUUCCGGAGUGGAAGCUUCAGUAGAAUGGUGCAAGAUCUCACUGGGUUUUAUGUGAUUCUUGAGGAAUUCUUUAUGGUGGAGAACGUUAGGAAGGCAAUUAAGAUCGAUGAGCAUGUGCCAGAUAGUUUGACAACUUCGAUGGUGGAUGAUGUGUUUUAUGUGUUGCAGAGCUGUUGUAGGAGAGCGAUCUCAACAACUAGUAUUAACUCAGUUUUUGCAGUGCUCAGUGGGGCAAUGAAUCUACUGAGCAAUGAGUAUCAGGAGGCAUUGCAACAGAAGAUGAGGGAGCUGAAUUUGGGGGCAAAACUCUUCUUAGGGGGAGUAGGGGUGCAGAAAACAGGGACGGAUCUGUCCACGGCUUUGAACAAUAUGGAUGUGAGCACAGAGUACGUUUUGAAGCUCAAGCAUGAGAUUGAGGAGCAGUGUGCUGAGGCUUUCCCUGCACCAGCUGACAGAGAAAAGCUGAAAUCUUGUCUGUCUGAACUUGGGGAAAUUAGCAGCAGCUUCAAGCAGAUCCUAAAUGCAGGAUUGGAGCAGCUAGUCGUCACGGUGACCCCUCGCAUCCGACCAGUACUGGACAGUGUUGGGACCAUUAGCUAUGAGCUCACUGAUGCUGAGUACGAAGAAAAUGAGAUGAAUGAUCCAUGGGUUCAGAAACUUCUUCAUGCUGUUGAGACUAAUAUUGUGUGGCUCCAAUCAGCUAUGACAUCCAACAAUUAUGAUUCAUUGGUUCAUCUGAUAAUCGAUUUCAUUGUGAAGAGGCUUGAGGUGAUCAUGAUGCAGAAGAAGUUCAGCCAGCUUGGUGGCCUCCAACUUGAUCGGGAGGUAAGAGCAUUGGUGAAUCAUUUCUCAGAGAUGACUCAAAGACCAGUGAGAGACAAAUUUGCUCGCCUCUCCCAGAUGACAACCAUCCUCAACUUCGAGAGGGUCUCUGAGAUUCUGGACUUCUGGGGAGAGAAUGCAGGACAUAUGACAUGGUUGCUUACUCCAGCUGAGGUUAGGAGGGUGUUGGGUCUUAGAACAGACUUCAAAGCUGAAGCUAUUGCUGCUUUGAGGUUGUAGUACAUUGUUAUUUCAUGCUUUUGAUCUCCAUGUUUUCAGUAUUUUUGCUUCUCAUUAAUUUUAUCGGCUCCUGGUUGUAUACAGAAUAGAGAAGGAUACAGAUCUACAUCUUAUCUUGUUUAUCCAAAGACAUGCAUUCCCUUUUGAA